AUGUCGGUGUUGGUCAACGGGAGUCCAACAAAGGAAUUCGAGGUUUCUAGAGGUCUAAGGAAAGGUGAUCCUCUUUCACCUUUCCUUUAUGUGUUACUGGUGAAAGGUCUUACGGGCCUUGUUAGAAAAUCGAUUAAAGUGGGAGAAUUCCAAAGUUUUGCUAUUAGGGAUUCUUGUAAGGUGGACAUUCUUCAAUUCGCGGAUGACACACUUAUUGUGGGGAAUGGUAAUUGGAAACAUGUUUGGGCGUUAAGAGCAGUUCUUCGGGAUUUUGAACUAGUAUCGGGGCUUGGAAUCAACUAUCUCAAAAGUAAGUUAAUUGGCAUUAAUACUAAUUUACGUUUUUUAGAGGCAGUUUCUUACUUUCUUUCUUGUAAGUUGGAAGAUAGAAAUUUUUAUUUUCUUGGCAUUCCAAUUGGUUUCAAUCCAAGGAAGGAAGCCACGUGGAAUCCGCUCUUGUUGAAAAUGAAGAAUAUGUUGGAAGGUUGGACGAAUCGUUUCCUAAAUUUGGGAGGGAGAAUUACUCUUCUCAAAUGUGUGCUUAGUUCAUUAAGUAUUUUCACUAUGUCAUUUUACAAGAUGCCGAGAAAGGUGGUGAAAAAGUUUACUAUCAUUCAAAGUAAUUUCUUGUAG